GCCGAUCCCACGGGCGUACCAGAAUGGCCAGCUUGCGAGACUACAUGAGGCUCGAGACCAGUCGCCCUGUCAUGUAGCCAAUUUAGUCUACCGACCGCCGUUACGAGGCCGCCCCGCCGACAAGACGCGCACCACUUCUCUGGAGCCCGCCCACGCUAGCCUUGCACCCCUUCCAGAUCACUGCCGAGAAUCACAGAAUACGGCACGAGGCUCCCCAGACCCUUACGUCGUCGUCUCCCCUUCCUCAUCCGCUCCAGUCUCCCAUACUUCAAGUUCGACGGCGCUAUCAUGUCUCCUCACAUUGACUAUUACCCGGCCUCCAACAGCAAUAGUUACGCCCAGAGUUGCACGAGCUCUACGAUAUACCCCUCGACCGACUUCGUUGUGUCCAAUGCGCAUGCCCCUCCUUCAAAAGACAAAAGGUCCAAGCUUCUGGAUCGAUUCGUCGACGCGUAUGACGAACUGCAGGCCUACAGGGAAGGCAAGGCGGUCAUUGUUGAUGGCCAUACCCUCAGCAUCUCCGCAGUGGCAGCUACUGCUCGCUAUGGAGCUGCCGUGACUCUUACUGACAAGCCCGAGACACGUGAGCGUGUUCUGCAGAGUAGACGCGUGAUCGUUGGCAAAGUUAAUGCUCAGCGUAGCGUAUACGGAGUCAGCACAGGCUUCGGUGGAAGCGCCGAUACUCGUUCAAACGACCCUCUCCUGCUCGGUCAUGCCCUCCUCCAGCACCAGCAGGCUGGUGUACUCCCAUCACAGACCGAGGCUCCCCUCCUGGCGCUUCCCCUGGGCGAUCCCCUGGCUGCAACGAGCAUGCCAGAGGCUUGGGUCCGCGGUGCUAUUCUUAUCCGGAUGAACUCGCUCAUCCGCGGUCACUCUGGCGUCCGGUGGGAGCUUAUCGAGAAGCUGGGCGAACUGUUACAGGAGAACAUCACGCCACUCGUUCCUCUGCGUGGCAGCAUCUCGGCUUCCGGCGAUCUUUCACCUUUAUCGUAUGUCGCUGGAACUUUGACUGCUAAUCCGGCGAUUCGCGUCUAUGAUGGCCCUGCAUCCUUCGCGGCGCGCCGCAUUGUUCCCUCGAGCGUUGCGCUGGCCAACCACGGCGUUGUUCCGAUCUCCCUCUCGUCCAAGGAACACCUCGGUAUCUUGAACGGCACUGCGUUUUCUGCGUCCGUCGGCGCGCUUGUCCUCAAUGAAGUCGUGCACCUGUCGCUGCUCGCACAAGUCUGCACAGCGAUGGGCACCGAAGCCAUGACUGGCGCCGCUGCGUCCUUCGACCCUUUCAUCCAUGACAUUGCCCGCCCGCAUCCCGGCCAGAUUGAAGUCGCACGCAAUAUCAGGGCGCUCCUUGAGGACUCGCAGAUGGCACUGAAGCGUGAGGAUGAGGUCCACAUUACCGAGGAUGAGGGCGAACUCCGCCAGGAUCGCUACCCACUGCGCACAUCGGCGCAGUUCCUUGGACCACAAAUCGAGGAUAUCCUCUGUGCGCUGGAUGCGGUCACACUGGAAUGCAACUCGACUACCGACAACCCUCUGGUCGACGGCGAAACCGGGACUGUGCACCACGGCGGAAACUUCCAGGCCAUGGCCGUCACCAGUGCGAUGGAGAAGACUCGGCUGGCUAUUUACCAUAUCGGCAAGUUGCUGUUCGCGCAGUGCACGGAGCUCGUCAACCCGACCAUGAACCGCGGACUGCCGCCCAACCUGGCCUCGACCGACCCGUCGCACAACUACUUCGCCAAGGGUAUCGACAUUCACACUGCUGCGUACGUCAGCGAGCUUGGCUACCUUGCGAACCCAGUGUCGUCACACAUCCAGUCUGCGGAGAUGCACAAUCAGGCUGUGAACUCGCUUGCGCUGAUCUCGGCUCGGUACACGAUCACUGCGAUUGACGUGCUCUCGCAGCUGACAGCGAGUUACCUCCUCGUGCUGUGCCAGGCCCUCGACCUGCGCUCGAUGCACCACGACCUCCGGUCCUCGCUGUCAACCGCCGUGCGCGAGCUCGUGCCGAAGCACUUCCCAUCUGUGGCCACGCACGCGGACGUCCUCGCGCCGAUCCUCGAGCGCACCGUCUUCCGCGCCCUCGACACUACGAGCACCUCAGACUGCAAGGCGCGCAUGCACAGCGUCGCUGCGUCCACGACGACGCCGCUGGUCGACUUCCUGUCCGCGGACGCCGCGUUCGCGCCCGAGCUCGCGCACAUCGCUGGCUUCCGCGCGGAGCUCGCGCAGCGCGCUGCGGAGGCGUUGACGGGUCUGCGCGUGCAGUACCUCGAGGGCGCGCGCGGUGCGGCGCCCGCAAGCAGACACCUCGGCGGGACGCGGGCGGUGUACGAGUUCGUGCGAAUUACACUCGGAGUGCGGAUGCACGGCGCGGAGAACCUGCAUGGCUUUGAGAUGGGCCCUGGCGUCGAGGAGGGCACGGUCGGCGGCAGCAUCUCUGUUAUCUACGAGGCCAUCCGCGAUAGUAAGAUGCAGGGCGUAAUCAUCCAGCUCGUCAGGUCGAUCAAAGCGGGUGAGAUGCAGAGGACUUGAUAUCCUUGACGCUUGGACUCCCUCAUUCUUCUCGGCUCAAUGCAGUAACAGAAGGUUCGGAUGUAUCGUUAUUGUUCCAGGUAAAU